GGAGUAACGUGUCGUGAGUACAACACUGGUACACACAGAGAGAAGGGGAGAGCCAAUAAGCAAUGUCUGUAAUAUCUUCAUGGAACCUGACGAUCUCCCUCAACACAACUCUCUCUCUCUCAUGGCGCUCUUCUCUUCCUUCUCGCGCCAUCUUUCCCCGCCCCAAAAAAUCCAAAACCCUCGUAGUCCUAGCCAUCGCUUUGGGCGCAAAACCCACGGUCCUCGUGUCUGAAAAGCUCGGUGACGCCGGUAUCCAACUGCUCAAAACUUUCGCCAACGUCGACUGCUCUUACAACUUAAGUCCCGAAGAGCUUUGUACCAAGAUUUCACUUUGUGAUGCUCUGAUAGUGAGGAGUGGAACCAAGGUGACCCGAGAAGUGUUUGAAUCGGCUAUGGGUAGGCUAAAGGUUGUGGGCAGAGCUGGUGUUGGGAUUGAUAAUGUGGAUAUAUCGGCUGCUACGGAACAUGGGUGCCUCGUUGUUAAUGCGCCUACAGCCAAUACUAUUGCUGCUGCGGAACAUGGGAUUGCUUUGCUUACUGCUGUUUCCAGGAAUGUUGCCCAGGCUGAUGCUUCUGUCAAAGCCGGGAAAUGGGAGAGAAACAAGUAUGUAGGGGUAUCUCUUGUGGGGAAAACACUUGCUGUAAUGGGAUUUGGGAAAGUUGGUUCUGAAGUAGCUAGGCGUGCUAAGGGACUUGGAAUGCAAGUAAUUGCACAUGAUCCUUAUGCACCAGCAGACCGUGCUCGUGCCAUUGGUGUGGAGCUAGUGUCAUUUGAAGAAGCAUUAACAACUGCUGAUUUCAUCUCCUUGCACAUGCCUCUCACCCCUGCUACAUCCAAAAUGUUCAAUGAUGAAGCUUUUUCUCGGGUGAAGAAAGGGGUUCGUAUCAUCAACGUCGCCCGUGGUGGUGUUAUCGAUGAGGAAGCUUUACUACGAGCCUUAGAUUCCGGGAUUGUUGCUCAGGCAGCACUUGAUGUAUUCACUGAAGAACCUCCUCCACAAGAGAAUAAGUUAGUGAGGCAUGAAAAUGUGACUGUAACUCCUCAUCUUGGUGCUAGUACCACUGAGGCUCAGGAAGGUGUGGCCCUUGAAAUUGCUGAAGCGGUUGUUGGGGCUUUGAAAGGGGAACUUGCUGCCACUGCUGUAAAUGCCCCAAUGGUUCCUGCUGAGGUCCUGUUAGAACUUUCACCAUAUGUUGCACUCACUGAGAAGCUAGGUAGAUUGGCAGUGCAAUUGGUUGCUGGUGGAAGUGGUGUGAAGUUUGUAAAGGUGACUUAUGCCUCGGCUAGAGGUCCAGAUGAUCUCGAUACUCGGUUGCUCCGAGCUAUGGUCACCAAGGGUUUAAUUGAGCCUAUAUCUAGUGUUUUUGUCAACUUAGUGAAUGCAGACUUCAUAGGUAAACAAAGAGGACUUCGGCUAACUGAAGAGCGUAUAGUAUUAGACGGUUCACCCGAGAAACCACUCGAGUUCAUCCAGGUUCGAAUAGCCAACGUUGAAUCUAAAUUCGCUAGUGCGAUUUCAAACUCGGGUGAGAUCACAGUUGAAGGAAGGGUGAAAGAUGGGAAACCCCAUUUGACCAAAGUUGGAUCCUUUGGUGUUGAUGUAAGCCUUGAAGGAAGUAUUGUACUUUGUAGGCAAAGUGAUCAACCUGGGAUCAUUGGAAAAGUGGGGAAUAUAUUAAGUGAAGAAAAUGUAAAUGUAAAUUUCAUGAGUGUUGGUAGGAUUGCACCAGGGAAACAAGCUGUAAUGACAAUUGGUCUGGAUGAGGAACCUAGUAGAGAUGCAUUAAAGAAAAUAGGAGAAAUUACAGCUGUGGAAGAGUUUGUCUUCCUAAAGUUGUAACUACAUGGUCACACAUAAUGCUGGGUUUUUGACAGCCAUGAACUUCAAAAGGUGUAAAACGAAUUUGAAGAGAUCUUGAUUCCACACCACCAUCAUGAUGAGAUCUUUGUUACUAAUACUGUUCGGAUAAUGUAGUGUCAGAUUUUAAUUGACAUAAUUCAAAUAUCCCCUUUCAUGUAAA